AUGGCUGAGCCUGAAGCAGACAACCUGCGCAUCCAGCACACAAACCCCCAAGAUGUCGACCUCUCCGACGAGACCCAAGACUUCCGCUUCCUAAACCUCUUCAAAAAAGCCGACCCCGCCUCGCUCCCCCGCCGCGGCGAAAAAGACUUCGAGCCCGAUGGCACCUCUCUCCAAGACACAAUCCUGCACGAGUCGCGCCUCGCCAUGCACGAAGCGCUCCUCGGCGAGCGCAAGCACUCCAACAAAGCGCACGUCGAGGCCACCUGGCGCCCCGAGCAGGUCCUCGCGCAGGUCAAGGUCGCCCGCGGCCCACACUUCAAGACGGUUGGCCGCGCAGAUAAGCAUGGUGUGCUAUGGCUGCUACCGGAGGAGACUAUAUACCUGGUGGAGCGCGGCAACCUCGAGUGCUGGUGGGAGGAGGGCAUCCCGAUGAGUCUGCAGGGGGCGUAUGCGAGCUGCCUGGAUGGAUGCGGGGGCUUGGAGAGGUACCAGGUGUAUGCGUACCUUAAGCGCGCAGGGUAUAUCGUGCAGCGCGCCGCCACAUUCGAUGAGGAGCCGGAGUCCGAGACGGCGGUAGUGGUACAGACGGUGCAGCCGCGGAAAGGGACAACAGGGGUGGGGCUGACGAGCAUUGCGUCGCUGGUAAAGACAUUCUUUUCGCCGUCGCUGCCCGCCCACGGCCCGAUUAUCGGUCCGGGGACGUACCGCUCCUACGACGCAAUCUAUUCCCGCCUCUCGCUGAUCCCGUCGCACCAUCCGCCGCGAACGCCCACGCACCCGGUGUCGGCGGGGGGUGCGCGUGCGCCGUUUCGCGUGGCGUAUAAUGUGUGGAAGCCGCGGCCGAGCUUCAAAAAGAGCGACCCGCCACCGCCCGAUUUCAGGGUUGCGGUUGUGUCGGCGCGCGAGACGAGCCUGCCGACGCUGCGGGAGCUGGCGGCGCUGUUUGAUUCGGUGCCGGUGGAUGCGGAGACGGCGGCGAAGGCGCAGUUUAGUAGGUUGAAGGAUGGCUGGCGGAAUGUGGUCCUGGCGGUGGUGGAUAGUGGUGUCACGAGCUAUUUGAAGAUUGGGGAUGUGGGCUUUGCGGGCGAGGAAAUGUGGAAGUGGAAACCGGGGGUGGGGCGUGGUGGGAAGAGGGGCGGAAGGGGUGGAAGAGGGGGUGCGAGGGGCGGUGCUCCUGGGAGAGGGAGGGGUAGAUAG